AUGGCUAGCGAAAAUGAUACACACAUUCACAUUGGCGGAAGAAAAUCACAGUUGGCAAUAAUACAGUCAGAAAUUGUUAAAGGAUACAUUGAAUCCAAGUUUCCUCAUCUUAAAUGUUCUAUUUUGGCUUUGAGCACUUUGGGUGACAAAGCACAAAGCAAACCAUUGUAUUCAUUUGGAGGAAAGGCCCUUUGGACGAAAGAAUUGGAAGUCUUGCUCUUAGGAGCAGUUGAUGAAUUUCCCCAGUUAGAUUUGGUGGUUCAUUCUUUAAAAGACAUGCCUACAAAUUUACCGGACGAGUUUGAAUUAGGGUGUAUUUUAGAUCGAAAAGAUCCUAGGGAUGCGCUAAUUAUGAAGCAACAUUCAAAAUAUAAAACCUUAGACGACUUGCCAGCAGGCUCAAUCGUAGGGACUUCUUCAGUCAGAAGGUCAGCACAACUCAUGAAAAACUUUCCUGAGUUGAGGUUUGAUUCUGUAAGAGGGAACAUACAAACGAGGUUAAGAAAACUUGAUGAUCCACAAUCACCGUUUGAAUGUCUUAUAUUAGCUGCUGCUGGAUUGGAUAGGGCUGGAUUAGGGAAUAGAAUAAGUUCUUAUUUGGAUGCGCCUGGAAUGUAUCAUGCUGUUGGCCAGGGUGCUUUGGGUGUUGAGAUCACCAAAAAUAAUCAAAAAAUGCUUCUGAUCUUAAAAGAACUUGAAGACAUGCCUACGACAUAUUCUUGUCUUGCAGAGAGAUCGUUAAUGAGAUACUUGGAAGGUGGAUGUUCCGUUCCGAUUGGUGUACACACAAGUUAUAACAAAGAGACAAACGUCCUCACAUUUAAAGGUAUUGUUGUUAGUCCUGACGGAAGAGAAAGCGUUGAAGAUGAAAUUUCUGAUGUCGUAACGAACAAAGAGGCAGCAAAUGCACUAGGUAUAGAGCUUGGUAAACUUCUUAUUGCCAAAGGUGCUAAGAGCAUAUUAGCGUCUAUCAAUUUUGAAAAAAUUAACCAAGCACCCGUCGUUCCACAAGUCACCAUCAAUACGGAAUAA